AUGAGCAACGCCGCCUUCAUCGCCGCCGCCACCGCCACCUACGGCGAAGACUCUGAGAGCCCGAUCAAUGACAGCGGGGUUCGCUCAUUCCUCUAUGUCGUUGGCGCCAUUGCCUUCAUCAUCGUCGUCGCCGUCAUCUACCACGACUACAAGAACUACAAGAGAAUCCUCUCCUCCGCCGCCCUCCACCGCCCCUACUCCGCCGGCGAUCACGCCGCCGGCGCAUACGUCCAGGUCGUCGUCAAGCGCGAAGACGGCGACGGCCUCGACGCCGCCGCCAUUAACGCCAUUCCGGUCUACACCUACGGCGGCUCCGGCGCCGGCGCCGCGGGAGGCUGCGCCGUGUGCCUUGGGGAGUAUAAAGAGAGCGAGGAGGUGCGGAUGAUGCCGGAGUGCGGGCACAUGUUUCACCGGAGAUGCAUUGAUCCGUGGCUCAUGAUUCACCCAACCUGCCCUAUCUGCCGGAGAACGCCGCCGGCGGUGGCGGCAGCACAGCCUUCUGAAUCAACGUUCAACAUCGCUCGACGUCGAUCCAAGGUUGAUUCCUCUGCGAAAUAA